AUGGUUUUAGCUGCAGAGCUGUUCGGUUGAGCGCAAUUCAGUUUGAAAUUAUAAGAAGUUAGUUGCGUCGUUUCAAAGUCGUUAUACAAAAGUCAUAAUUAUGCCCGAGUCGAGUUUCUUUGCGAGAAGCGUUCCCUUCGAGCAAAUCGAUAAACUGGCCAUCAGUGGUGGCUACUCAUCCAUUUAUGCAACCAGCAAGCCCGGCGUACCGGUGGUCGGCAACUGGGAGCAGAGAUUCUGUCGCCUGGCUGACACAUUCCAGCCUGUACUCGAUCGAGUCUAUGAUUUCGAGGUGCGCGAGGACGAUGUGUGGAUUGUCACUCUGCCAAAGUGCGGCACCACCUGGAUGCAAGAGCUGACUUGGCUGGUGCUCAACAAAUGCGACUUUGAAACGGCCAAAAGCGUCGAUUUGACAAUACGUUCACCAUUUUUGGAAUUCAAUGGCGUCGUUCCGAAUGUGCCACAUGACACCAUCGACGCAGCUAAGGCGAUGACCUCACCCCGUCUAAUCAAAUCACAUUUGCCUGCUUAUCUGCUGCCCCGCCAGAUAUGGACAAAGAAGCCAAAGAUCAUUUAUGUUUAUCGCAAUCCCAAGGACGCAGCCAUUUCAUAUUUCCAUCAUUGGCGUGGAAUGGUUGGAUAUCAGGGCACAAAAGCGGAUUUCAUGCACUCAUUCAUCGAUGGCUAUGUGAACUUUACGCCCUGCUGGCCACAUGUCCUCGACUUUUGGCAGUUGCGCCACGAGCCGCAUAUCUUUUUCACUAGCUACGAGCGUAUGAAGACGCAGCUUGGCCAGGUUAUAAACGAUGUGGCACACUUUUUGAAGCGCCCCGUCACCGAGCAGCAAGUGGAGCAAAUGAAAACGCAUUUGUCCUUUGAGAGCAUGCGCGACAAUCCGGCCUGUAAUCAUGCCAAGGAGUUUGAAAGCAUGAAGGCUGCUGCGGGACGCGAGGUGGAGGAGUUCAGUGUCGAUCCACACAGGUUUGUGCGACGCGGUGUUGUUGGCAGCCACAAGGACGAAAUGACGGCGGACGUGAUCCGUGAAUUCGAUCUGUGGUCGGACAUCAAUCUGAGAGAGUACAAGUUGCAUAUGGAUGACUUCGCAACUUACAGCAAAUACAACGAAGUAUAAACAAUGGUGAACAAAUGGCUGUUACCGCGUCGAUUAAUCAUUUUAAUAGAUUGUAAGCUUAAGUGAUACUUAGAUACCCAGGCAGAUGAUUAUACAAUGUUUAUAUGUGUUUUUUGAUAAAUGAAUUCCUAGUUUUAUAGAAUAUACAUAUAUACAAAAUGCAGUUAGGCAUUUGGAGAAGCUACAAUCUAACAAUUAAUUGCAAUAGCAGUAAACAUUGUAUAAAACUGACAAUAAAUCAUGGACAACUAGUUUUUCUAAAAUCAGAAUAAUUUUUUAUAUGUACAACACAUAGCAUUUCUAGUUAUAAGAGUUUAAACCUGAUUCGCAUCACAAAUUUAUAUACAUUUUAUAUUAAAUACAUUUCAUAUUUGUGUGUGUAUUCGCAAUGCUAUCAGCUAGGGGCAAAACGCGACCAAACUGAUAGCAAGGCACACUUUCGUUGAGUAUAAACCGAUAA